UAUAGUGCAAGAUCAAAGUCUGUCGAAAAUUUAUGUGUACAGUCGAUGCCGCUGCAAAAAGAUUAGAGAGAAAAUAGACACAGAAGAAAAACUCAUGAAAUUACGGUAAAAAUAUGUUGAAAACUUGAUUUGGCAAAUGCCAUUUUUAACAUGGAACUUUUUAAAUGACUUUAAUACUUAAAUGGAAAUAUAUUAAAUAAUAAUAUUUCAAUUAUUCUCCGGUAUCCGGUUUUAACUAUAACUUAAAAAAGAACCAUUUCUGCAUCCUUUCUAAUUUAAUUUUUGUAAAUUAAAUCAAUUUUAUUUUUAAAGUUAUUUUUCAUGCAAAACAUUUGAAACCUAAAGCAAGAUCGUUAUAUCUAGGAGGAUAAAGAAAUAACUUUUUGCAAAUUUUGUAUACUCAAAAGUAACGGAAAGCAUUUACAGAAAUUAACAUAUAGAGAUUUAAAACAAAUCUUCUUUUUAAUGAUUCUAAUACUUCUCCAAAAUUUUUAGCGUUAUAGAUAAUAUUUGAAAAGUAAAAUUAAAUGCUAUGAUUAUUUUUUUCUUUUGGAUACUACUCCCCGUAAGUUUAAGCUUGUAGGUGACAUCGUGAUAAAAGGACAGUCGAAAGGAGAAUUAAAAGAUACAAUAAAGGCAAGAAAUAAUGAUAUAAAAGGCAUUCUGCUCGCACGUUCAGGAGAUGCGCGCGGAAGGAUCGACGACAACCAGUUUUGUACACGAAUUGCUUGCUACGUUGCUUCGUUCAUGCCAUCGCAGUAUGUCUGAAGAACUCGUUGAUGGUUACCAGUCUCACACUUGAUGGUAUCCCUCUGUCACCCAAGUAUCUCAGAAUUCUCAGCGAUGGAUUGGCAAACAAUCGUAAUCUACGAAGCUUGUCAUUGGCCAGAUGUCGAAUAGGCGAUGCAGGAUGUAAUAUAUUAUUGGAAAAUUUGCAAUGUAAUUCAAGUCUUCAUGUUCUGAAUCUAUCGUUAUGUUGUCUCACCAAUAGAAGCACUACAUACUUGUCAUCAUUCUUCAAAAAGAGAAAAGCGGAUUUACUACAAAGUGUUUGGAAGGAGUCAACAUUAUCUCAAGACGCUCACACAAUAGUGGAGGAAGGAUUGCGAGUACUAAUACUUGAUGGAAAUUAUCUUAGCGAUAUUGGCUUGAGGCAAUUGACACGUAUGCUGAGAAAUGACUUUUGGCUGAAGACACUGUGCUUACGGUGUUGCGGAAUUACUCAACAUGGAGGAGAAAUUGUGUUGGAGCUUUUACAAACCAAUAGCGUACUUACACAGAUUGAUCUCAGGGAUAAUGAAGUGUCGGCGGAUAUACUGCAGAUUAUUCGCAAGUUUUUGAAAAAAAGGAAAAGCAAAGGUGAAAGAAUAUCGAUGAAGAAAAGGUUGCUGACCCACAAGCAAAUCUUUGUACAAGAUAUGAUUUCAAAGGACAAAUCUUCUCAGCGUAUAUCGAAAGGGAACAAAUUUCUCAAGGCUCAAGCUCAUGCUCAAAUUAAAACGCAAAAAGAUCACAGUUUACAAGUGCAGCAAACAACACAGGUACGGAAAAUGAGAAGAAAAGGUGGUAGGAAAUGUAAAUCACAUAAUGCAACGAAACCUCGUGUCAAUUGGACCAACGCAGACGAGUUAAGAAAUCGGCUAUCUCUUAUGAUUGAACACAAUCAGACUUUGAUGAGAAACUUGGAAAACAGCACAAAUUUUCUAUUGAAGGAAAGAGAUCACCGUUUGAGUGCGGAAGAGGCGUAUCAUAAAAUGCAACCCAGACUGAGAAAUCUUAGGAACAAAAUUGCUAUGCAAAAUUCUAUUCAUUCAAAUAUGUAUUAUGAAAAUCAAGUUUAUGCCAAACUACAAAACAUAUUCAGAGACUUGAAAAUAUCUACAAACGGUAAAAUGUUAAGAAUGGAUGACAAAAAUCUUAGCGAAGAACCUGCCGAAAAUAAAAUUAAAUCUAUCGUUUGUUAAUUUACAUAACCGUUUAAACAUGAAAUUACCGAGUCUUUGCAUAAAAAUCAAAUUAUUCCCAACAAACUUGUGUCAUUGAAAUAAUUUUAGAUUAUUUAUAUAACUUACUCUACAACUUACUGUAGAAUUACUUAAAGUAUAACAAUUCAAUAUUAAAUUUGUACAAAUAGAAAUUAUACAAAUAAAUGCAUCAAUUACCUUAA